AUUUUCUUUCACACAGAUCCCAAAGAGAGCCAUGCUGUACCUAAAUCUGAAGCACAGGAGGGGCCAAGGAUGGAAGCAGUUUACACACAAGAGGAGCCCUUUGACCAGGAGUGGUGUGCAAGUCUAAAGCAGGUUACAGAGCUGACAUGUGUUAAAGAUGAAGAGGUCCCUCGACUGGAAUGUGUUCCUAUUAAAGAGGAAUUCAUAGAACAGGAAUGUGUCCCCAUCGCAGAGGAAGUUCCUACUGAAAAUAAUGUCUGUACACUUGAGGAGAACAACCAGCUGGGAUCCAGCCUGUGUGAUGAUUGUCCACCUGAAUGUGAACUGGGAUUUAGAGCUGCUAAAGGAUAUCUCACAGGAGAUGCUCCAUUUCCCUGUGCUGAUUGUGGGAAGAGUUUCAGUUGUUUAUCACAGCUUAAAAGACACCAGGUUGUUCAUACAGGAGAGAAACCGUAUCACUGUAGUGAGUGUGGGAGGAGUUUCACACAGUUGGGAAAUCUCAAAACACACCAGCGUCUUCACACAGGAGAGAAACCACACCAGUGUAAUGAUUGUGGGAAGUGCUUCACUCUAUUAGGAAAUCUUAAAAAACACCAACGAGUACACACAGUUCAGAAACCAAACGACUGUAAUGUAUGUGGGAGACGUUUCACUCAAUUAGGAAGUCUUAAAAGACACCAACUAAUUCACACAGGCGACAAACCACACCACUGUAAUUAUUGUGGGAAGAGCUUCACUUUAUUACAAAGUCUUACAAAACACCAACAAAUUCACACAGGAGACAAACCACACCACUGUAAUGAAUGUGGUAGGAGCUUCAGUCAAUUAAGAAGUCUUAAAAGACACCAACUAAUUCACACAGGCGAGAAACCACACCACUGCAAUAAAUGUGAGAAGAGGUUCUCUCGAUCAGAAUAUCUUAAAGAUCACCAGCGCAUUCACACUGGAGAGAAACCACACGUCUGUAAUGACUGUGGGAAGAGCUUCCGUCAAUUAAGAAGUCUUAAAAUACACCAACUACUUCACGCAGCAGUGAAGCCCUGAAUGCUAAAUGUUGAGAAAGUUUUAAUCUGGUGGGACACCUUAAAAACCAGGAAGACAAAAUCCCUGUCACUCGAGAGAUUAACGUCAUUAAUAAAAACUAAUCAGAGUUAAAAAUAAUUUCUUAACAAGAAAUUCCUUUACAAAGACUCCUCAGAAGUGUUUACUGCACAGGCUGCUUUUACACUUUGAAACAGACAAGAGGAUACCAUUCCGGUCAUGAGACAUCAGAGCUUCAAACGAAACAGACACUUUGAACAGAUUCCAAAGAGGGAGACACUAUUUCACCCCCUCGCUGGUAAGAGAGAGACGUGCCCGGAUGUUUAUCUCGUGGAAGAUGUUGCUUUCCGAUAUCCCACUGAGACUGCAAACAUUAAUGAAGCAAUCUAUUGAUGGGGACACGUGGAUCCUUGAAGGACUUCAUUGCCUUUGUGUCAAUCUAGGGGUAGGUCACAGAACUAAAAAACACACCCUCUUAAAAAAAAAACCCAAUAAUAUAAUAUUGAUUUGAUUGGCUAAGCCACGUGUCCUCCCAUCUGCUGGUAAUAAAAGCUGUGCAUCUUCCACAGAGGAGGGUGGAUCUUGAAGUUCGAUACGGGUCUCUGAAAAUUCGCCAUUUCCUGUCUGCAUUACCACAAUAACUAAUGCCUGUACUUGAAAACUGCCAGAAAACUCUGCUCGUCGACUACUAAACACUUUAUUGAAACCAGAAGGGAAAGACUGUUGCAGCGCUACAAAGGCAGGACUGUGACUUGGCUUCUUCACGUCUAAACCCCUGGAGCAAGGUGUAAACGCUGGGCUUCUCUUUGCAUCCCUCCAGGCUGGACCGCGCAGCAACGACCAUCGCAGGAUUGGUAUUCUUCUUAUUCAUAGGACUGCUUUAUUUCUUCAAAAGUCUUGCACGGGUAACUGCAACUAUAUGAUGUAUUGAAUUUGUAUGAUCGUUUGCUGUUGAACGUUGUUAAUAUGUUUUAUUAAAGAUGGUUUUAAAAUAAGUACAUACUAAAUAUAGUACAGGUGUAGUAUGUGUAGGUGAUGCUUGAUGUAGGUGUUUCUGAAGUAUUGCCAUAGCUAGUAGUUUUUCUUCAAGGUAUUUAGCUUCUGAAUAAACUUUAUUUUCUCAAGUAGUUUUUUUCUUUGUUUGUUAAACAGCACUAUCAAGCAUUUAGUGGAACCCAAGACGUAAAAGAUAUUGUUAAACUGAGCCAUUCUA